AUGGAUGGAUGGAUGGAUGGUGUUGAGAAGCAGGGCUGCAUCGCUCCACCAAGUCUUUUGGGUCAAGGACUGCCCUUCAAUUUGCAGGUUGCGUAUUCGUUUGAGGAUGAAUACCUCGACCCGACGUACAUCGACGGGCUACGAAGGCACCACCUAUCUCAACUAAUCGUAGAAUUGAGCAACCAAGAAGCAGAAUACGGACACACUAGACCACUACCGAAACAAGUACGUCUCGUUGAAGGAGUGAUUUUUUUGCCCUUCCAAUUUACCGUUUCCCCUCACUACUGGGAGCACAAGUUGACAGAUUACCUCCGACUCGGUUUACAGGCAUUCACGCUCUUUACUACUGUGCCAUGA